UUUUGCUCUGACCGUAGCGGACGGGACGCGCUUGCGCGUGUCGACAGUGUCGAGUCGAGAGUUCCCAGCCAUGGCGAUGCAAAGCGUGCCAUUUGUGGUGGUUCCUCAGCCCAGUCUGGCUCCACGUUCGCAGGUCGCCGUGGCCCCUUCGCUGCGCGGCAGCGCCGGCAGCGCCGCCUUCGGCGUCCCUGGUGCGGCUGUGGGCGUGGUCGCCGUGGCGGCCGGCGCCAGGAAAGCAAUGAAGCCGCGGGCAGCGAGGAAGGCGCAGAGUGAGAAGAGGUUCCCCGUGCUGUCCCGCAGCGAUCCGCCGCUGGGCACGUUCCCCAAGAUGCCCGAGUCCGUCCACCCGGGCGUGGUGUCUGGUCAGGCUUUGGUGGACCUGCUGAACCAUGCGAAGGAGAAUGGCUAUGCCAUUCCCGCGGUGAACUGCGUGUCCUCGUCCUCCAUCAACGCCUGCAUCGAGGCGGCCAGGAAGAUGGAUGCCCCGGUGAUGAUCCAGUUCUCUUCUGGUGGAUCGCAAUUCUAUGCAGGGAAGGGCUUGGACAACACCGAGUUCCACGCCGCCAUCGCCGGCGCCGUGAGCGGCGCCUACCACGUCCGUGCGGUGGCGGAGCAGUAUGGUGUGCCGGUGAUUCUGCACACGGAUCACUGUGCCAAGAACUUGUUGCCGUGGUUUGAUGGCCUCCUGGAGGCGGAUGAACGCUACUUCGAGCUGCAUGGAGAACCACUGUUUUCCUCCCACAUGCUGGACCUGUCAGAGGAACCAUUGGAAGAGAACAUCGAGAUUUGCGUGAAAUACCUGGAGCGAAUGGCGAAGAUCAACUGCGGCCUUGAGAUGGAACUGGGAAUCACAGGUGGUGAAGAGGACGGCGUCAACAACGAAGACGCGAACCCGGAAGACUUGUACUCCAAACCCGAGGAGAUCUUCCAGGUCUAUGACGCCCUGAGCAAAAUCCCCAACGGCUUCUUCACCGUGGCCGCAGCCUUCGGCAACGUGCAUGGCGUGUACCAACCGGGCAACGUGAAAUUGGAGCCGACCAUCUUGGAUAAGGCGCAGAAGUACAUCAGCGAGAAGAUCGGCGCGGCGGAGGGCAGCAAACCCGUGAGCUUCCGUACCCAGCAGGACAUCCGUGAAGCAGUGGACUAUGGAGUGCGCAAGCUCAGGAAGCAGAUUGGAAACCCGGAGGGUGAGGAAAAGCCCAACAAGAAGUACUACGACCCCCGCGCCUGCAUCCGUUCCGCUGAGGAAUCCACCGUGAAGCGUACCUUGGGAGCCGAGGGCGGUGUGAAAAACGGGAGGGUUUUUCUUGUAGUGGGACUGAGGGAACAAAAACAUGUGUGA